UUCAAAGUAUAUAGAAAUGAACGUCUCGAUAUUAGUGUGCAAUUUUUUUUUAUUAUUAACAGUGGCUCAUGGAACUCUGUCACCGGACAGUGCUAAAAAGCCCAAGAAGGAUAAAGUCCAUAGAAGGUUUGGUCCAGUAGAAAAAGAUGUCUUUCAAAGAGCUCUUGUCAAGCAAAACACCCGGGCUCAGGAUAUCCUACGUGACUGUGGCACGUAUUACAAAAAUACAAAUCUAAGGCACUACGUUUCGGGUGAAUUUCUCGGAUACAUUACUCCCUGGAACGCCGAUGGUUAUGAAAAAGCAAAACAAUUCCAUGGAAAAUUCGAUCUGCUAUCACCAGUCUGGCUGGUGGUCAAUAGCAAGGACCCCUUCAAGAUUCCAACCCACGAUCUUCAGAAGUUGUGGCUUGAUGACAUAAAAGCUUUGAACAAUGAAAAUCACACUGUCAAAGUACUUCCUAGGAUUAUGUUCGAAGAGUGGUCGAAAAAUGACAUUGCUUCGUUUAACAACAAUCAUCAAAAACGACUUAAACUGAUAAAAGUCUUGAUAGAUUUAGCUGAGGCUUAUUCGUUUGACGGAUAUGUCUUGGAGGCAUGGAAUCAGUUUGUUAUUUCUGGAGCCAGUAAACAUCUAAUUACCUCUUUAAUUAACAGCAUAGCCGAGGGAUUGAGAUUGAAAAAUCUCGAUACGGUAUUGGCCGUUCCACCACUCAGGGGAAUGGAAAAGGAGCUGUUUACAAAAAACGAUUUUGAUACUCUAGCACCAAACAUAAGAUACUUUUCUUUGAUGACCUAUGACUUUUCCAACGUCCAACGACCCGGUCCGAAUGCUCCGACCGAAUGGAUAAAAAAAUGCGUCCAGUACCUCGUACCUAAAGAGAAAGACAUCAGGAGAUCCCAAAUACUGUUGGGAUUGAAUUUCUAUGGAUAUCAUUACACAGCCGAAGGUGGAGGAGCCGUCGUGGGCUCGCAGUAUUUGAAAAUUCUCGAGGACUUUAAGGGUAAGAUACGCUGGGACGACAAGAGCGAGGAGCAUUUCUUCGAAGUCACAUCCGACGGUGGUGGAUUCGUUUUCUUUCCGACGCUUUACUCACUCAUGACCAGACUCGAACUUGCCAGAGAAUUAAAAACUGGCGUUAGCAUUUGGGAGCUCGGCCAAGGUCUGCCUUACUUUUUCGAUAUACUGUGAACGAACGCAC